GGGAGGUGUUGCAGCUGUAACUGUGACGGAGGUCAAUGGGGGAGGAGAGGUGAGGGCUGGGCCAGGAUGGACUCGGAAGUGUGCCUCCAGCAGCAUGUAUAAACAUGGCCCCUUUACACACCUACGGGUCACUGUUUACAUCCAUCAUACAUGCCAUUUCUACAUGUAUCACCCUGGCAGCGAGGCCGAGCUGUAGAAGACAGAGACACACUUCUCACCACAGUUUUUUAAUUCCAUUUCUGCUCGACUGUGUUCACCUUGAAGCACCCGCUCUGCAGAGAAGAUCACAUCUGAACGGGAAGCCUUGUGGAUUUUUCCUGUUUAGUUCUUCCGAAACCAGCUGCCAUCAUUUCGCCUCCACCAGUCAUGUAUAGCUCCAGCUACUCCCAGGCCAAGUUUGGCCUGGAGACAAGGGAGCCCCUGCACAAGUCCAAAGGGAAGAGCUGCGGCUACUACAUGAGGAUCGUCUUCUUUUUUUCCUCUCUGAUCCAGUCUCUGAUCAUCGUCAGCCUGGUGCUCUUCCUCAUCUAUGGACAGCCAGAGAAGUCUGCAGAGGAGAAGAGGGUCCAGGAUCUCGAGCUGAACUUCAACAGGCUGAGUGAGAACAACAUCCAGCUGAGAAAGGAGAAAGGCGAGGUGGGAGCUCAGCUGGCAGCUCGCACAGCUGAGAAAGCUGCUCUGGAGACAGAGCUGGCAAAGCUGAAGACUGAUGCUAACAAAUCAGACCUUGUGCAAAAGGAGAAGUUAGCUAGCUGUGAGAGAAUGAGUGCACACUUCAGCAUGAUGGCGCGUCGUCCCUCCCCUCCGAUCCAGCUUCCUCCUUUGGUCACUACUAGCGGUGAAAUGAAGACUUUGCAGACCUUCAACGCUCAGCAGAAAGCGAUGAUAAACCUCAUUGAGGCAAACUUCACCCAGACGGUUCAGUACCUAAGCCAGCAGAGAGACAACGCCCUCAAAGACCGAGACACACACCACCAGGAUGCCAUCACCCUGCGCAGGGAGAACACCAUGCUGAAGGAGCAGCUCACCACCUACACCAGGAAGUGCAAAGAGGACUUUGCUCACUCUUUGGACGGGAUCAAAAUCGUGACCAGCGAUUUCCUGACCAAGAUCAACAACCUGUUUCCCCACCAGCUGACCUUUCACCUCACCUGUGACAGCCAGAAGGAGCAGAUGGAGAAGAUCAGAAACAGCUGCACAAACCUGUCCAGAGAAGUAGAGAACAAGUUCCAGCUGUAUUUAGACAAAGUGGGCAACACGGUGGCCGAGAUCCAAGUAAAGUCCAGUCGUCUGGAGGUGCAAAACUCACAUUUGACUUCUGAACAGCAGCAGUGUGAACGCAAACGCAGCGAGACGGUCGCCGAGGCAGCCAAGCAGCUGCAGGUCACGCAAAAGUCUCAUGACGACCAGGUGGAGAAAUUACUGAUUGAGCAGAAUCGUCUGAGAGAACAGAAGAAGCUGCAGGAAGACAGUUUGGCCCUGAGAGACAGAGAGAUUCAGACCCUCCAGCGAAUGCUCUCUGCUCAGCCCAAUGUCAAGUCCGGUGUUCCUAAAGCUGCCAGCCUACAGGCCUCUAUUGGAGCACCUGGCAUCAGUAAAACUCCAACGGGGAGAUGAAAUGAAGCGGAAGGCACACAACAGGCACCACAGUGAUCAACAUAUUGCCUUUAAACAUUUUUAAGGACGACAUGUACAGUAUAUAUUCCUGAUUCAACACAACUUGUAAAUACUUUAAGUUUAUAUUAAUUACAUAUUACUGUUGUUGGUCUGUGCAUGCUUUUUCUUUUCUCUGUGGAAUAGCUGAUUCAUUUGUAUUUUACAUUUACUGUUUGAUAGUUACAAUUGCUGUGAAUAGCCUUGGUAACUUCCAAGGUAAAUGUACAAAUCUCCAUGACACUGGUGUAAAUAUUUUUCUAUUGUGUCACUCUUUGUGCUUUCUGCUGUUAGAAAAUUCAAAACCAAAUUAAAUGAACCAAAAACUGACUCACUCCUGAACUGUAUUG